AUUAGUCAAAUUUACUGACAAGUUUGGCGAGUGGAAUCUUAAAUAAGACAUCCAGUCGCGUAACUGUAUAUAAAAGAUCGGAGGCGAAAAUGAAAAGUGUAGUUGCAGUUUUCCUUUUCGUCGACGAACAUUAGCCAAAGGUUGAAAAUGAAAAACGCCAUUACAAGCUACUUCCUAAUUAUUGCCAUAUGUUUCUUCCUCAUACUAUGUCAAAUGAAUCACAUCAUCGCAGAGUCCUCAAACGGUAACGUUGAACUUUCAAAGAAUCGGCCUAGUGGACUUUUAAAAUAUCCAUACAGAUUAGUUCAAUACAGACGAUUAAAACCUCAUGCAAUUAUCAACGAUUUUGAUGAAGACGAUGACGAUGUAUUCAAUCUAUCAAAACGGCAGCAAACUAACUCUGACGAUUACGGUCACCUUAGAUUUGGAAAACGCGAAGAGCAGUUUGAUGAUUAUGGUCAUAUGAGGUUCGGUAGGAAUGGUGGUGAACGCAAAUAGCAACUAAGAACAGGAUCCCAAACACAUAUCUAGAUGCUCAUAGAUCUAUUUAAUGACGGCAUUGUUAGCGUUACAUAAAAUACGUCAUAAACUUUGUUCAAGGCA